AUGAGCAAAAGGCAGACCCGAGAGAAUGAGCGGCGACCAGAAACAAGAGACACAGACCUGAGACCAGAGACAGGUACGAGACCAGAGACCGGAGGCAGAUUUGAGACAAGUGACCAGAGAGAUAAAGCAGAGACCAAAGAUCGGGAUGAAACAAGAGAGGCAGACCUGAGGCCAGAAACAGAGACAGGAGACCAGGGAGACGGAUUAGUGACCACAGACAGAUGUGAGACCAGGGACCAGAGAGAAACAGACCAGAGACCAGGAAGACAGACCCGAGAGAGUGACCAGAAACCAGAGAGACAGACCAGAGACCAGAGAGACAGACCAGAGAGAGUGACCAGAGCUACAGACCAGAGACCAGGAAGACAGACCAGAGAGAUUGACCAAAGACCAAAGAUACAGACCCGAAAACAGAGAGACAGACCAGAGAGCAUUGAGCCCAGAGGCCCAGAGCGGAUGCCCAGCGAUCAAAGGGCAGGAAGGAAUUCACUCGGAUUGGGAACGGUGGAUCGCCAGGGAAUGGAAUCAAGCGCUCUCGAAAGGAAAAAAGCGAUUCCCUUUAUAAUUCGAUAG